AUGACUGACGCUCGUUUCUCGCCAUAUUUUCAGCAGCAGACGAACGGCAAGUUGCCGACGAUGAAACCCAGACUGCUCAACAAGCUGCUGGGAUAUGUGAUCGUGCGGCUGAAGGAGAAGGCGCGGGACCUUCACCGAGUCUUCAACAAGGAGGAGGAGAUGUGGGCUUACCAGCUUCUCGUCUACAUGCCGAUGGACCUCAAUACGAUGGAACAGAAGGGGAAGGAAGGGAAGUACCACACACUGGAACAGUUCCACGCGGACGCACACAUACUGCUACACAACGUCAUAGUACUGUUCGGACAUUGGAUUGUGGCGCGAGUGAAGGAGGACUACGCCGUCGUGAAGCCGCCGGUGUCGUCGGGGGCGACGGCGGCGUCGACGCGACCAGUGCGCGUGCACAAGCGUCGCCGCACCCUCUACGACGAAGAAUACGGGGAGCAACCAACCUCCUCCUACCAGGCGCAGCAGAAGCGCGGCAAGAAGAGGAAGAAGAAGGAGGAGGCAGCCGCGGCGGCGGCGGUGGCUGCGGCGGCGGCGGCUGCUGCGGCGGCGGCGGCGGGGAAGGAGGAGGUGAAGGAGGAAGAGCCACCCGUGUUGAAACCUGUGAAGAAGUCGAAGAAACACAAGCAGACGCCGUCGCAGGAAGAGUCGUCGGACAUGGUGUCGUCGAGCGUAGAGGCCGGCGUGACCUCUGACCCGUCCGCCGUCAUCAGUUCGCUCGCGACGCAGACGCUGAAGAAGUGCGAGACAACAGGAAACAGCUGCUGCGAUGCCAGAGGGCGCCAGCUGCAGGAGAGACUGCAGGCAGACUUUGCAGCAGCGACAGAGAGGGCGCUAGCGGACCAGGCAGAGAAGAUGUUGCAGGAGAGGCAGAAGGCAUGUCUACAGCUGGAGGCACAGCUGGAGCAGGCUAGACAGGAGCUGAUACGCAGGCAGCAGGCGCACGAGGCAGAUAUAGAGGCGCUCGACCAGAAACACCGCGAAGUCGUUACCGACACCAAGAAACGCCAGUGGUGUAAUAAUUGCGAGGCGGAGGCGAUGUACCACUGCUGCUGGAACACGUCCUACUGCAGCAUACAGUGCCAGCAGGAGCACUGGAAGGAGCACAAGCGCACCUGCCGGCGCAAGCAGAGCAGCAAGCAGUGAACGCGGCGGCAGCGACGCCGGCGCCACCUACGGGUGCGAGGUCGCGGCGA